GCUAAACACCAUCUCGCCGUGAUCAACAAAUGCGACCGUGGGGGGUGGUGGACUUGGAUCGCGCGCAUGGCCCGUGGUUCAGGGUAGGCGUCAGGACAAACGGGGGGGUGUUGCGUCAUUGAAGCUUCAAAAUUCCGGGUCCUCCCCGACCGUGAAUUGCGUCCAGCUGCCCCUUCACCUCCAGCGUCCACAGGAGAGCGGCACGAAAUUUACAGCUCACCCCCCGCCUCCGGAAGCUUCACCACCAGGGUCCGCAGCCCAUGGACGACGACUUUGGAGCCGACGACGCCCUCCUGGCGGCCAUGGCGGCGGCCGACCCGUCACCAGCACCAGCACCGGCACCGGCUCGCCGCCCGGUCCAGCAGCCCGCACCGCAAAAGGUGCAGCAGCCGACGCCGCAGCGCCUCGACAAGGUGCCUCCGGCGGCCGGUUCGUCGUCGUCGGGAGGCGGCGCCAAGGUCGUGCAGCCGACGCCGCAGGCCCUUCCGCAGCGGCAGGCCGGGUCCACGAUCCUCGUCUCGCCGCGCCAGCGUGGCAACCCCGUGCUCACCAACCUGCGCUCCAUGCCGUGGGAGUACAGCGACGUUCCGGCCGACUACGUCAUGGGCGUGACUACGUGCGCUCUGUUUCUGAGCCUCAAAUACCACCGCCUCCAUCCCGAGUACAUCUACACGCGUAUCCGCAACCUGCAGGGCCGCUACAACCUCCGCAUCCUCCUCACCAUGGUCGACAUCCCCAACCACGAGGACUCGCUGCGCGAGCUGUCCAAGACGUCGCUCGUCAACAACGCCACCAUCAUCCUCUGCUGGUCGGCGGCCGAGGCGGCGCGCUACCUCGAGCUCUACAAGUCGUACGAGAACGCAAACUUCGCCGCCAUCCGCGGCCAGCAGUCGUCGAGCUACGCGGACCGACUGGUGGACUUUGUCACGGUGCCGCGCAGCCUCAACAAGUCGGACGCCGUCGCCCUGGUGGCUAACUUUGGGAGCCUCCGCAGCGCCGUCAACGCCGACGCCGAGCAGCUGGGCAGGCUCAGCGGAUGGGGCGGCGUCAAGGUCAAGCGCUGGUCGUCGGCCGUCGAGGAGCCCUUUCGCGCCAAGAAGGCGGCCCGGCGAGGCGUGCAGGACGCCGCCGCCGCCGCCGCCGCCGGACAGUCGUCUGAGAGUCAACACCGACUGGCGCGGCUGGACCAGGCCAUGCCGCUCUCGCGCGUGCCGCUUCGCGACAUGCCUGCAGCAGCAGCAGCAGCAGCAGCAGCUGUCGGCCCGUCUGGCGAGGGCGGCAGACAGCCCGCCGCGGGGACAGGGUCGUCGGGGCAAUCGGCGCCGAAGCAGUUCCAGUUCCUCGACGACGAUGGCGAUGACGAUGACAACGACGACGAUGACGAGGAGGCGCUACGGGCGGCAGCAAAGGAGGAGACGCACAAGACGGCCGGCGAUAGGAGCGCAAGGGCCUCCCAGACGGCCCGGCCGGCCGAGAAGGCGCAGGAGCGGGAGGAGCUCGCCGGAGGGGUCGCGGCGGCGCUGGCCAAGCUGCGCGAACACGGCUGACGCGCCCAACUACUACGUCUCGCGGGCCAACAUACAUACAUGCUUCGUAUGCAUGAGCAACAGACUAGAGUCAUGCACCGCACAGGUGCGUGAGAGAUGGUCAUCUCGGCUCAUUGAUAGCGCCGCGGAACAGCCGAGCGAGCGACGCAGCCAGGAAGCUUCGACGUCUGCAGCCAUUCUUGCAUCGCGUUGUCUCCGCGCGCUCCUCCUUCUUGAUUCGAACGCGUGGGGAGGAAGCAAGCAAGGGCAAAGGCUGCGAGACGCGACCGGGGGGUCGCACUAUCUGGUCACGCCUUUGCGGUUGUGUUUGGUGGUGGUGGUGGUGGUGGUGCAGCAAGUCAACAGACAGGGGUACUGUCGCUCACACUUGAAUCCUUGCGACGCAACCGAGAGACGACCCCCAAAGGCCCGCCUCCACCCCGCACCGGACUGCGGGAUCGCGAAAAUAGCCCAGUUCAGUCCCCCACGGACGUGCGGGGAAGGCCUCGAUAUGGGCAGUCAAGGUACCAGCCCAGCUUACAUGCCUUGAUUAGUGCCGGCAACCAUGGGGUAGAAGCGAUCGGCGGCAGAGAGGAGAGGGGGGGUUCCAUGUUCCUGGCGGUCAAGGACGGCGUGUCACCUGCGAUUUGCCGGGCCGACGGCGGCAUUGACGCAAGUCACCUGCAGGCCCCCAGCCAGCCAGCUAGGCCCCGCGCGGCCUUGCGAUGGUGGUGGUGGUGUUGUCGUCGUUUGGCUCUGGGACGUGGAUGGACGGACGGACGGUCGGCAACGGCUACUGCCGCGGUGAGGCGUUUGUGAGAGCAUCAAAAAUGGAACCACGAGCGGGCCGCGUGAGGAGGUCGUGUACUACAAAUGGUAGCAGCAGCAGCAGCUUUCAUGAUGCAACGAUGUGACGAUUCGGUUCGCGAACGAAGCGGUCGCGGCACCUGCCGAUAUUGAUUGACCGAGCACGCGGAACUAACGUUGCUUGUUGUCCGUGCUGGGGCGGGCUGCUCGUCUUCCAUGUUGGUUCUCGUGCCGCGACUUGGCCUGGUCUAGUAGUGGUGAUGCCUGACCGCGGGGCCGGACGACUAGAGGGGGUGCGGGGGCAUCGUCAACAGCCGUCGACGCUCACGCCCGAUCGCGUGCGCAAUAGGGUAUAAAAUCAGGUGCCCUAAGGCCCCCGCGGGUACCUGUAAGAUUUAAGUAACUAGUUAGACUUGACGGUUUUAGGGCUUUUAAGCACUUAUAAAUAAGCUAGAUAUCUUUAAGUAUUUAUAAAGAAU